UGAGGAUUGUGAAUAUCUCUCGUUCAGUUUUUAUUGAUACAUACAUUAUCUCCCUUUCAGUAUGUCUUUUACAAAUUUCGGUGGAACAAUAACUACUGAUUCAAAAUCCGAAAAUACUAACACGGGGAGUAAUCCUUUUAGUUCAAGCUUUCAAACAAAUGCUUUAAAAUUUGGUCAGGCCGCAGAGAAUCCUACUUCGGCUGCACCUUCUCAAACAUCUGGUUUUUCUGGUUUUGGAGUGGGUCCUAGUACUUUUGGAGGCAAUACAAUAUUUGGUGCUUCCCUAAUAACUACUCAGAACAAUGAAAAAUCUGGUGAAAACAAAUCAUUUUCUUUUGGUAAUUCGUCAGAAUUCGGAACUACUAGUGGAGGCUUGAACACUUCUCUUGGUACUAACACAGAAAAAUCCUCAAUAUUUCAAAGCGACUUAACAUUUGGAAAAAAUUUAAAUUUUUCGGGCACAACAAGUUCUUUUCAAUCCAAAGGGCUUCCAACCUUAUCAACCGAUAAAACUAUAAUUGCAGAAGACAAAAAAACGUCAAACUUACCCUCCUCAGGAGUUACUUCGUUCUCUUUAGAUAAAACUUCCACUUUUCAGAAUCCAUUUUCUUUCGGAGCUGGAAAGGUUAGUUCUCAAAAUAUAGGUUCUACUAAGGAAGUUAACGUUUCUUCUGUUGAAUCAAACCCGCUUGAAACUAAAAAUGUUUCUUCAGCUGCUAAUUCUAAUUUUACAGCUUCAGGGAAUUUUUUUUUUGGUUCUACUAAAACUUUAAAUAAUAAUUUUUCUUUUGAGACCGGAACGGCUGACACUAAGAGUGUCGGGGCUAAUUCCAAGUCUAAUAUUAAUCCUCUGAACACCGACACACAAGAUAGAGUUAACAAUAUAUUUGCUACUGCGAAAACUACAGAUGUUCCAACCGGAACAACUGCAGGCAAUCUUCCCUUUUCGAAAGAAAAUAUAAGUUAUCAGUCUUCUGGAUUUGGCUCGGUUCCUACUGCUUUGAAUUCCGAAAAAGCACUGGGAAGUAGCUCUUCCAGUACUUCAGAAAGUGGAACUAAACCUUUUAGUUAUGAACAAUCUUCGACUUUGACCGGAUUCCACCACACCAGGUACAGCUCCCAAAAUCCUGCUCCCAAUUUUACCUUUUCUACCUCAAAAGACAUUGUUAAGCCUUCUAACGAUUUUAAAAAUGCUUCCACUAUUUCUAACGCCUUUUCUUUCGGAAGUAAUCAGCCUACCGUCACUACAAACCUCAAGAAUACUUCCUCUCAAGAAACCGAGUCUAUUGUUUCUCAAUCAAUGAAGGAAAAAAAAAACAAUGAAGCGCCUUCUACUUCCAUUCAAAGUUCUGUGCCUUCAUUUGGCUUUCCCAGCUCUGCUGAUAAUAAAACAAUUAAUUCUGGACAAUCUUCUACAGGCUCUGGAAAUUUUUCUUUUGGGAGCCAAACUUCUAUAAGCGGAACAGAUGAUAAGAAGACUACAUCUUUAGCGGCGAAUAUAAUUCCCUCUGAGCCAAGUACUCUUGCUUCUCUGCAAAGCAAAGAUGCACAGACUUCUGCAACAACCUUUAACCUUCCCAGCACUGCUAGCGGUGCUAGUCAAGAAAAUAGUAAAUCAUCAGUAGAGACUACUGAGAAACCCACUUCAUCCUUUGAGCUUUCGACGGCGACUACACGGGCUUUUCCUGGAGAUUCUUCUUCCGGAGACAAACUCAAGCCUGCCACAAGUUUCAAUACUUUUUCUAAAAGUGAAGCAUCUUCAGCUCCACCGCCGACCACUUCCAGUGCGUCUUCUCUUACUAUUCCAGCUGGCGUUCAAGCCAGUGAACAAAUAAAAAAAAAAAUGGAGGAAAUGGCCAAAAAACUUGAUGAGAGAAAGAUUGAAUCGGUGUUAAAUGAGUGGAAGCAGACAACAGAAGUGAAUAUACAAAAGUUUAUUGAACAGGCAGUGGAAAUAGAAGGAAUUGAUCGCCAAACUCACGAAAAUUAUGAAAAAAUUGUAACUCUCAACCGUCAAGUGGAUGACUUAUUAGAACAGCAAAAGCUUCUGGACAGUAAAAUAGAGUUUGUUAUGUCCCAGCAAGAUGAUCUUGACGGCGUGCUGAGCCAAAUAGAAAACAGUUUAUCCACACAUAAAAACUUUAAUAACAUGAACUUAUUGGGCAGCGCCGAUCAAAAGCGAAGGAGAUUGUAUAGUCUCGCUGUUCAGUCCAAUAAGAGAUUAACUAAUUUGGAAGAAGAACUAAAAGAGCUCAUUAGCGACUUGAACAGAGCAGUUUUAAGGGGAGCAGAUCCAGAAGAUCCAGUUAGUCAAAUUGUGAAAAUAUUGAACCAUCACAUGUCGUCGUUGCAGUGGAUCGACCGCAACGCCGGGCAACUCCUCAAUAGUAUUGAAGAAAUCAGUUCUCAAAUGGAUGGUUUAAAACUUGCUCAUGAUGUAUAGGAUCUUUUUAUUUUUAAUAAAUUUAAUUAUA